GAGUCCCUGAACAACCUAAACAUCCGCUGCCAGAAGCAGUUCCUUUCGAUAUUUCUCAGCCCCCGAACAUCGAGGGCUUCAGGCCAACUCCGAAUUUCAAAGAUGAGGGCGUUAAGGAAAAAUUCAUUCGGAAAACCAAGGAGAACCCGUUCGUCCCGAUAGGUUGUUUGGGAACAGCAGGGAUGCUGCUGUAUGGGCUCCGGGCCUUCCAUCAAGGAAAAACCAGACAAUCCCAGCUGUUGAUGCGGGGCCGUAUUUUAGCUCAAGGCUUUACUGUAGUCGCCGUCCUUGCUGGCGUUUUUGUUUCAGCCUUCAAGGCCAAGCAGUGAAGACUGAUCGGUCUCUGCAAUUCAUCCAGAAACAGACCAGAUCCACUGAAGAACUAAAGAACUGGACUCUGUGUUUUGUAUCCAAUAUAAUUUAAAUACAUUUUUGUUUGAAAGCUUGAACUGCUCAUGGUGGUACAAACGUUUUGCUUCAGGCUAUCGAACAACAAAUGGCACAUAUAAACCCUGCAGUAACCUUUUAAAGCUGUUCAGGUCUUUGUGGAUUCAGUUCCUCGUAUUUCUCGUUAUCUUCAUGUAUAAACUGAAGCUGCAUCUUCAUGUGAUGCAGCUUUAAUGCACGCCUUUAACGUUGAUUAUGAGGAACCUUUGUAAAUAAAAAGGAACUUUAAUUAAACCAGGCUGCCAAAACGAA